GAGAGUUGUUUAUAUAUGUAUGUCUCUCUUACGCGUGAAUUCGGAUGCUUUAAUCGGAGAAUAUUCAGCCGUCGACGAUUCUGAAACCAUUUUAAUUUAGCCUCUUAAACCGGUUUCAUGGAAGGCAGAAACAUGUUUGAAGAAAUCGGGUGUUUUGACCCAAAUGCUCCGGCGCGCUUUAACUUUCACUCCGCAGAGCCACCACCGUCGUCACGUCGCCGGGGGAGCGAAAAGCUAGCCGCCGCAGCCGCAGCUUCUGUUCAUCAGCAGCUUCAAAUCAACGCUACUCCUCCUAAUAACUGUGAUCAUCAAUUCCAGAGCAUCAUGCAUCAAACCCUUCAAGAUCCAUCAUCGUAUGCGCCACAUUCUAACAAUUGGGACAGUGGCUACCAAGAUUUUGUGAAUUUGGGUCCAAAUCAUACAACUCCUGACCUACUCAGUCUCUUGCAACUGCCUAGAUCCUCACUUCCGCCUUUCACAAACCCUAACUUUCAAGAUCUCAUCAUGACAUCUUCCUCUGUCUCUACCGCCUUCGACCCGCUUUUCCAUCUGAAUUUCCCUUUGCAGCAGCCUCCUAAUGGGGCUUUACUUGGAGUACUUGAGGAUGAUCAAAUGGAGUCAAAUGGAGUGGACGAUCAUUUGAUCUAUGCUGAAGAAAACAACAACACCGAGAUUGGUCUUAACCGUAAAGGGAGAGGAUCCAGGAAGCGGAAAAUUUUCCCUACUGAACGCGAGCGAAGAGUUCACUUCAAAGACCGGUUUGGUGACUUGAAGAGUCUAAUUCCAAAUCCCACCAAGAAUGACAGAGCAUCAAUCGUUGGAGAAGCGAUAGAUUACAUCAAAGAGUUGUUAAGGACCAUCGAGGAUCUCAAGAUGCUAAUGGAGCAGAAAAGAAUCAUAAAAAAUCGGAACAAGAGAGUCAGGAUCGAAGAAGAAGGAGAUGAUUUCGUUGAUGGCAAAUACAAGGCGCAAAGCGAAGUAGUGGAACAGUGUUUGAUCAACAAGAACAACAAUUCCUUGAGAUGUUCGUGGUUGAAGAGGAAAUCGAAAUUCACUGAAGUCGAUGUACGUAUCAUAGACGAUGAAGUUACCAUCAAGAUCGUGCAGAAGAAGAAAAUCAACUGUUUGUUGUUCGUCUCCAAAGUGAUUGAUCAGCUUCAGCUUGAUAUUCACCAUGUAGCUGGUGCACAGAUCGGAGAACACCACAGCUUCUUGUUCAAUACCAAGAUUUGUGAAGGAUCUAGUGUUUAUGCAAGUGCGAUUGCAGAUAGAGUUAUGGAAGUGCUGGAGAAACAAUACAUGGAAGCUCUUUCGACGAAUAAUGGCUAUAACUACUCCAGUGAUUAA